GGCUUUCCUCGGUGACGUGAAUGGAAAAGAGAAUAGAGCUGCGGACAUAAUCUGAGCAAUAUCGCGGACAGGGCAGCAAAAAAGCACUGACAUCCUCCCCUUGGGCUGAUGUUCGGGGAAUGUUGUAGCGGAUAGCACUAGGGUGAUAUUUGUCAGAUUUACAAGACAGUUGGUUGAAUGUACAUGGUGUACAGUAGCACCGAAGCUCACUGCGUACCGCCCUAUUCUGCUUCAGUUGCUUCCAAUACUAUCAGAUCCAUCUGAACGACCGGCUGAUUCAGAAGGAGAGAACAGCAGACUGGAGCACUCUCAUGUUGACUCCGGGAAUUUAGCCGAGGCAAAAGACGACGGAAGACAAGCCCUCAGGAUUACGAUAUCUUGAGCCUGAUUCAUUUUUUUACCAACUUCCUAGUUGUCUUUAAACGCCCCGUUUUUAAUUGACAGUAUCUGUCAGUUUUGUAGUACGUAACAAAUUUUUGGGUGCAACGAUUUGUUUUUGUUUCCAGAUUAACAUUUACAAGAAGAUUGUUGGAGAGUAAGGACUUUGCUCCCAUCCCUUUUUUUUACUCUAUUUGUCUAGUUUCUCUUUCUGUUUAUUGUUUAAACACGACUCCCUGUUACACGUAAGAGGAAGAUAUUACUUCAUUCAUGGAAUUCUCCCAACGGGGAAACUAACUGGGAUUUGUUGAGACAUUGACAAACAUUCUUUUGUGUAUCUGGAGUGUACGUGUUCUUGAGGUUUUGGCCUUCAUUGAGAUCAUUCCGUGGAAGGAACCAAGGCGCAUCACGAGAACACCUCUAACCCAAGCUCGCUGACCUCUCUAAGGACUCAAUUGGGAGAACAUUACAAGGUUGUUCUUGGGCAAUGGGAUCUGAAAAGGACUCUGAAUCCCCCCACUCCUCUGUUAGUGGCAUUCCCAAUCCGAAAUGCCGUGGGCCGGGCAAGAAGCAAGGCAGGAUCUCUUUUCAUAGUCUCUUCCAUGGCAAACGUGGAUCCAGGGGGAACAAGGCUAAUGUGGGCACUCCUCUUGCGCAACAGCUACACCAACAGCAACAACUCCAGCAACAGCAGCUUCUCCAGCCUCCCACACCCACAAAUGUGUCGUCAGACCCAUCUAUGGCAGACCCGGCUGAGGCUUUAUCCACUAGCCAGGCCUCUUUGGGAGGUCAAGAACUCCUAGAGUGUCCCUUGUGCCUGGUGCGUCAACCUGCGGAGCAGCUUCCUGAGCUCCAGGGAUGCAGCCAUCGGUCUUGCCUGUGCUGUCUAAGGCAGUACUUUCGUAUCGAGAUUACGGAGAGCCGUGUGCAGCUCAGCUGUCCAGAGUGUGCCGAGCGACUUGCCCCACGGCAGGUGGCCCUCAUCUUGGACGAUCCCAACCUGAUGGACAAGUAUGAAGAGUUCCUGCUGCGCCGCUGCCUGGCAUCGGACCCUGAUUGCCGAUGGUGUCCUGCUCCCGACUGCGGUUUUGCAGUCAUCGCCUCUGGAUGUGCCAGCUGCCCCAGGCUGGUGUGUCGAAGAGAAGGGUGUGGUGCUGAGUUCUGUUACCACUGCAAGCAAGCUUGGCAUCCUAACCAGACCUGUGACUCUGCCCGCCAGCAGAGGGCGCUGUCCUUGAGAACACACAGUAACCAUUCACCCAGCUACACGGCUGAGCAGGGACACACUGAUGACAUCAAGCCUUGCCCCCGAUGCGGUGCCUACAUCAUCAAGAUGAACGACGGCAGCUGUAAUCACAUGACCUGUGCUGUGUGCGGCUGUGAGUUCUGCUGGCUCUGUAUGAAGGAGAUUUCAGACCUGCACUACCUCAGUCCAUCAGGUUGUACAUUCUGGGGAAAGAAGCCAUGGAGUCGCAAAAAGAAGAUUCUGUGGCAGCUGGGCACUUUGAUUGGUGCACCGGUGGGCAUCACUCUAAUCGCUGGCAUCGCAGUUCCUGCUAUGGUUAUCGGCAUUCCCGUUUACAUUGGACGCAAGAUCCACGCGCACUAUGAGGGCAAGAAAACGUCACAUCACAGGAGGAAUCUCGCCAUUACUGGUGGUGUGGCUCUGUCAAUCAUCACAGCUCCAGUCAUCGCUGCUGUCAGUGUGGGCAUUGGUGUCCCCAUCAUGUUGGCGUAUGUGUAUGGUGUUGUGCCUAUCUCUCUGUGCCGGGGCGGGGGCUGUGGGGUGAGCCGGGGGAAAGGUCGCGGUGUUAGGAUAGACUUUGAUGAUGAUGACGGGCCUAUUACAGUUGCUGAUGCUUGGCGAGCGCUGAAGUCUCCAAGCCUGGGCGAGAGCAGUUUGGAGGGAGGAGCCAGCGGCCUCAGUACCACCUCUCCAAGCGAGGGCCUAUCCGUCGCCCCAGGGGGUCUGGGAGACACGCCACACUUCAACACACUAGCAGGAGGAGCACUCGGUGCGAGGACAGGAAAAUACAGCAGGCUGGAGGUGCAGGGGACAGAGCUGGGAAAGGAAAGUGCCGGCAGGGAGACGGGCAGCUUGGGAGCAGCCAGUGACUGUGCCAGCACAAGGGGCAUGGCAGGAUCUAUCACUUCCUCUUACACCUUACCUGACAGAGAGGGCACUAACCUUGAGAUCCAGGUGGACAUCGAAACUAAACCGAGCCAUCUGUGUCUAACCACUGAAGAGGAUCUGGCUCCGCCCACUGUUGCCAUGGUGCCCGGCUCGGGGGAGGAGCCUCAGGACUGCAGUUCCCGCAGGACCGGGGUUGUCCUGGAUUCCCCUCUGGGCCUGUCGCCAAGAAUGUCACUCAGGGAGGGUCUCCGAGACGUCACCCUCGCUCAGCCGGAGAGCAUCCGCAGCGACCUGGAGAUGUCCGACACGCAGUCAGACGACAUCGCGGAGCUCACGUCCGACGACUGCGACUCGCCCCGUCCCAAGAGCUGCCCCCCCGCCCCCCCGCCGCAGACCACCUGCAGAGCCUUGAACCCCACCGACAGCCUGCACUGUCCCGACAAUGUCAUUCUUUACGUGUGAGAGAGACUCUCGCCAUUGCACAAAGCCAACCAUUUCUGAGCUUUUGACUUGUUAAUGCUUUACCUGUUAUUUUGCUGCUUUUUAUAAUUAUUAAAAACUCCUUACUUGCAUCCAGACAAGUCAUGGAACUGACAGCUCAUCGCUCUGCUCUCCUGUCCCGUCUCUUAAUUACGGGCACGGACAGGUCCUCUACCUCUUCAGAAAUUCAUACUGUUAUUCAUUAGUUGGUGUUUACUUCUCGAUGGAGCAAUGCCUUGAGCAACAACAAAAAUAACUCGGUACCAUCGUGGCCAGAAGAAUUUCCUUAGAUAACAAACAAACAGACAAAUAAUGCUACAAAGUGAAAUGUCGCCAAGCACAUGUAUACGUGAGUGGUUUGUAUGUGGAUGACACAUGACAGUAUUGUUUGUAUGU